AUUUUCGACAUGAGCAUAUUGCCGCACGAUAGGGAGUCCGGUCUCAAGUGCUGAAAUCGUCUUGUUUGCCGAACAGGUAGCGAGUUCCGGGCGCGAGGAAGCUGGCGCUUCGCGCGCGGCGGACAGGAUUCCGAGCGGCCGCGCAACGAGAAAGUGGUCGUCGAGCGGUCCAGGGUGGGUGCGCGCGAGAGAGUCCACAGGGGUAGGGAUAUGAAAGACGAAAGUAAGCAUAGGCACCGUGGCCGCGUAGCAUCGCGGAUCAGUCGGUGAAUGUACCGCGCUGCACUCGGAGGAUAUCCCUGCAGGAGCAGGAGAAGAGACCGCCAGCUCUCUUCGUCCGUAGCUCUCUUCGGCGCAUCACGCUCGCAUCUCGUCCACUCAUCAUCAUCUCCGUUCACCCCUUGAAUGGCGACGGCAGCCGCGGCGGCGGCGGCGGUGGCGGCGGCGGCGGCGGCGGCAGCGGCCGCGGCUCCUUAUGGGGAUGCUCGCGUUGGUGGUCGCACGCGUGCACGCGUCGUGUCCGCCCGUGCACGCACGGGCGCCGCCGCGGCGUGAAGAAUGAUGACAGUGAAGUGACUUCGUCCUGGGCGCGGCGAACCCGGGGCCCGGCGGGGGGAAAAAAAGGAGAGCUGCGAAAGUGAAUAAUAUACGUACAUGAGCGGCCGGUAUGUGCACGCGGUCUCGUGUCCACGGGAGAGCAGCGAUCAUCUUGGCGAUCAUCUUUCUCUGGCGGGUCCGCUGCUGCCGGGCCGCCGCUCCGGACGCGUGCUACGUCGUCGCCGACGGGCGAGAGCUGCUGUGCCGCGGCGCGAGCCUGUUCUCCGUGCAGCCGAUUUACGACGUCGACGUGCUGCGGACCGUCGCUGUGCCCGGCAACAUCACGAAAAUCGAUCUGACCAACAAUAAUAUAACGGACAUUCCAAUACGUGCUUUCCAUCGAUUUUCCAAUCUCGAAAUUUUAUUUCUUCGACGUAAUCAUCUACAAACCAUUCAUGAUGAUGCGUUCGUAAACUUAGCGACUCUUCGUAUAUUGGAACUCGAUGAAAAUUAUUUAACAAAUAUACCGACUGCCGCUGUAAAUCUACCUGGUCUCGAGGAAUUGUCUAUAUCGAACAAUAGAAUAGAACAACUCACGGAAAAUGCGUUGCGUAACGCUCAUAAUCUGGUGUCUCUCGAUUUACGUGGAAAUCCUAUUAAAGAGAUACACGAUAGAACCUUCCGAAAUCUUAGGAAACUUCGUAAGUUGAUACUAUCGAACGUGAAAGAACUGCAACUUUUUCCUAAUCUAAAUAGAGCAACGUCUUUGGAAGUAUUAAGAUUAGAUCGCUCUCAGUUGAAGGAAGUUCCUUCUAAUCUUUGCCGACAAUGUCCGAAACUCAAAAGUCUCGAUGUCAAGUCCAAUUAUUUAACCGAGAUACCAAAUUUACGAAACUGCCAUGAACUACGCGUUUUGGAUUUAGCUAGCAAUAUGAUUUCUACGUUACCAGACGAUGCUUUUAAAGGUCUAAGUAUGUUGCAUGAUCUCCUCCUGUCCAACAAUAAGUUGCAAAGCAUUUCCAGUGAUGCAUUUACCGGUCUAUCUAGACUUCAAGUUUUAGACCUGGAGAACAAUGACAUCGAAUAUAUACACCCUGAUGCAUUUAGGGGAACAAAACAAUUGGAAGACUUAAAUCUGGGAAACAAUAUUUUCCCCACACUGCCGAUAAGAGGUCUUGCAGGGUUGCUACACCUUAAGACGUUCAAUAAUCCUGCGCUGCGAGAAUUUCCAUCUCCCGAAAGAUUUCCACGAGUGCAAACGAUGUUGCUGUCAUACGCUUAUCACUGCUGUUCGUUCCUGUCGCUCGAAGUGGAGGAACCUGUCACGAAGUCAGCGGUAAAGGAAUCGAUUUUAUUCCCCACUGACAAUGAAUUUGACGCGAGCUUGUGGAAUUCGUCUUUGAGCGAUAUCUGGCCACAGAUGGGAAACAUGCCUGCCUACUUAGAGGAUUAUUUCGAGGAGCUAGAAAGUCGAACGACACCGACCAUUCGGACGAUAUCCUCCCAUAUCCAAUGCCUGCCGCAACCUGGUCCUUUCCUACCGUGCCAAGACUUAUUUGAUUGGUGGACUUUGCGGUGCGGUGUAUGGAUAGUCUUCCUCCUUGCCAUGCUUGGGAACGGCACAGUAGUGUUUGUCUUGAUAUUUUCAAGAAGCAAAAUGGAUGUGCCGCGAUUUCUAGUUUGCAACCUAGCCGCUGCCGACUUCUUCAUGGGCGUUUAUCUAGGCGUUUUAGCGGUCGUAGAUGCGUCAACACUGGGAGAAUUUCGAAUGUACGCGAUACCGUGGCAGAUGUCGGCUGGAUGUCAACUGGCUGGCUUCUUGGGUGUCCUCAGCUCUGAGUUGAGCGUCUACACACUCGCCGUCAUCACCUUGGAGAGGAACUAUGCGAUAACGCACGCGAUGCAUCUGAACAAGCGGCUGUCGUUAAAGCAUGCGGGCUACAUCAUGACGAUAGGUUGGUGCUUCGCGUUGUCGAUGGCGAGCCUGCCGUUGCUGGGAGUUUCGGAUUACAGGAAAUUUGCCAUUUGCCUGCCGUUUGAGACGAACGGCAGCGCGGCACUCGCGUAUGUGGUGUUCCUUAUGCUCAUCAACGGAGUAGCCUUCCUGAUAUUAAUGGGCUGCUACUUGAAGAUGUACUGCGCGAUAAGAGGCUCGCAGGCGUGGAACUCGAAUGACUCUCGCAUAGCGAAGAGAAUGGCUUUGCUCGUCUUCACCGAUUUCCUCUGUUGGUCGCCAAUAGCCUUCUUCUCCCUCACGGCGACUUUCGGAAUGCAGCUGGUGUCCCUCGAACAGGCGAAGGUGUUUGCGGUAUUCGUGUUGCCGCUCAAUUCGUGUUGCAACCCAUUCUUAUACGCAAUCCUCACGAAACAGUUUAAGAAGGACUGCGUGCUGAUAUGCAAGGCGAUCGAAGAGUCACGCGUGACUCGCGGUAUCGGCAGAUGCCGACACAGCUCGAACUUCAGCAACCGUCAGACACCGGCCAACACGAACAGCCUGGUCGACAGGUCGUCGCGGGAGAACCAAGGUCUUCAGGCGCCGUGCGCCUGCAACUCGAGGCUGCUGGAGAGCAGUCGCUGCCCGUCUUAUCGUUGGUGGAGUGCCGGGAUCUUCUGGCCGUGCGCGCGCGACUCUCGGCCGCGCCACACGCGUAAUGAUCAAUACGCGUACCAGAUCGCCCAGAUCCAGGAAAAGCAACACAAGCGGGCGUCAUCGGUGUCGUCCAGCGAGAACUUUUCCUCGUCCAGGUCGGAUUCGUGGCGGCAGACGCACCACUGCGGUAUCCCGCUCAGGUUACUCGAUCCGAAACGGAGAGCUGCCUCUUGGCUCAUCACCAGGAAACCGUCGCAGGACUCGAACCUGAGCUCCUCGCGCAAUGACUCCUCCGGUUCCGGAGCGACCACUGCCAGCACCAGUACCUGGCGCAUCUCGAGAUCCAGUGCCUCUCUAGAGAUUAGCGCGCGCAACACGCCGAGGCCGGUCAGGCCGAAGCCGCGAUUGACUCGCCAGCUCGCCAUACAAGAGCCGGAAUCCCCAGGAUCGCCGGGAAGACUGGCCGUCAGAUUGCUCGCCACGAUACCUUCCGCGGCUGAGACCAGCGAUCAGCAGGACGACGAGAAUAUACCGAGCAAUUGAAUAUGUCCUUUUCUAAUAUCUCUCUAUCUAUUUUUAUGUGUAUUAUAUAUAUGUAUAGCAUACGUGUGUACAUUGGCUUUCCAAGCGGUUUAAAUAGCUUUCUUUGGUGCAGUUGCGAAUGCAGUCGAUGGUUCGAUGAAAGAACUCAUUUCUGAAAAAUGAUUUAUCGAUUGAAAAUUAAGUUCCUAGAAAUUAAGUCCUCUCAUUUGACAUCUGCCACAUUCCAAAUUGCACCGAAGAAACAGUUUUUAAGGCACUUGGAAACCUAGUGCAUACUCAUUUGCGAAACGUCCUGAAUACAUUUUUUCCGAUGAGGUCAGGAAUAUAUUUAAUGGUCACGAUUGUGAAAUAUUAUUCAUGAAUCUGAACGGUAAUCAACGGUUAUCACAAGAGCUGAAGUGACAAUAUAUGAAACAUCUGACGUUACAACUAUUGCAGAGAAUUCAGGAAAAACUCUUCUCUAAUAAAUAGGAAUAUAUUUAUUAUAUUCUUAUCUAUUAAAGAAGAGUGUGUAAUAAAGAGCUGAUAUUUACAUUGUAUCCAUUACUUCGGCUCAUGUUACAAUCGAUUACCACGCCUGCAAUCGAUUACCAGUAAUCUGUAAUCAAUGGAUUACAAUUGUGACCAUUUAAUGAGCUUUUAACUGCAUCGGAAAAAUAAGCUAAGAUUUCAAUAUUCCUUUAGAUCUGAUACUAUCCGAUUAUUUGGAUAAUAGAUAAAUGCGAUGCUUCAAACUUAGGAAACAGUCGGAGUAUAUCGCAGUCGAAACCGGAUUUAGGUUCGUAUCGGUAUCGAACAAACAUGCUCGCAGUAAUCUAAAUCCCUCUCGAAAAUUUGACAAUCAAUAAAUCAAUACUUUCAACCGCAAUUUGACAACGGAGCUUAAUUUGGCA